UGUACCGGUGUACGGAUGCAGUGGCGAGCUGGACCCUCGCUCUGAUAGUGCAUCUGUAGCGUAGUGCCAUUUACCAUGUCGCUAGCGCGUAGUAUGGAAGUAAAUUUUUCGUCCUUCAUGUGUUACGUUUCAAACUGUUUUUCCAGCAAAAAUAUCAAUAGCAAAAGGUGUUAUUAUACAAGCAAUGGAAAUAACGUGUUCCAACCAAAAUGGCCCGCGAUCUGUGUGGAUUAAUAUCACUCCUGGGCUACUUCUUCAUUUCUUUGGUGAUUUCCGUUUGCGGUGUUUGUUCUCAAGUAAGAAUUCUAGGAAUCUGUGAUCAGGAAUUAAAGAAUAUGUGUCUCGGAACAUUUGAAAAGCACUUCAAGGAAAACAUAUAUUCCAAUGGCGUGAAUAUCACUUGGGAGGUAAUUGAAGGAAGUAAAAAUUACGAUUAUAACUUAAGGAAUCUCACAGGAAUUGCACUGUCUGGUGUUUGGGAUGUAGGGAUCGCCUUUGGAAAUAGUUCUGUCAUCAAUGCAGCAACGACAUUCGCAACGUCUACACAACUUCCGCUUCUAGUUUACGACACUUCAGAUGCGAAAAAGCCCAUCUUUCCCGACUCAUUCAUUAAACUUCAUCCCGACAGAUAUGAUGUAGGAAUCGCCACAUCUGAACUUUUUUUUCAUCAGAGAGAGACAGGCUUGUGUGUAGUGAUCCAGGACCGGUAUUUGGCUGAUGGCUUCCUUGAUGGCUUGUGGGCCUUUGACGUGGAACAAGCCGGUAACUUUUCCAAAAUCAUCGUGAUUAGUCACAAAGACAAUUUCAGGCAGUUAUUUACAAAACUUCAUCAAAUUCACGAAGAUGGAUGUAAAGUUGUGAUAGUACACUGUGAACCAACCUCAGUGCAACGUGUCAUCGAAGUAGCGGAAAUAGCAGAGCUUUACAAAACAGGGUUUGCAUGGGUUCUUAUCGACUCGAGUAAUCAUAGGUUUACCGAUUUACAGGAAGCGCUUCCGAAUGGAAUACUUAUCGUUACACCGAAAGAAGACAUAGAACAGCUGUCAGAAAUUUUAAAAAGAAGCCUUUCCUCUUUACAAAGUAUCAUUCCUUCUGUUUAUUCCCAGUAUUCAUCAAAUUAUUCAGAUUUCCGGGAUCAUCUCUACAGUUCUAUCACAGCUCUCGAAUACAACGAAUCAAGCACGGGUCUCGCAUUCGACGUCAAUAGGAGGCGAACUAAUGCAACCUUCCAACUCUACAACAAACAAGGAGAAACCUCUAGCACUGGUUGGAUCAACGUAGGGCUAUUCACAAACCAUAUCAAUGAUAUCAGGACAAUUAUUUGGCCUGGAAGCUCAAUUUUCGGGCCUUUAGUGAACCAUGGGCAGUUUUAUCGCGUUGUCACGAGACCUGCCGAACCGAUGGUAUUCAUCAAAAAUAGAACUGACGGUGACGAACCGUGUUUGGGCGAAAUCCGAUGCUUUAAGUCGCUAGGAGAGGAUUCUGGGUUUCUCUAUCAUCCAAACUUGCCCGAUAAUGUGAACAAAGCACUGGGGAAUACUUCGUACGAGAUGUAUUGCUGUAGUGGUCUCGCAGUGGACUUACUUGAGGCACUUUCCACAGAUCUCAACUUCGACUAUUUGUUAUACUUUGAGGACGACAACGACUACGGAACAUACGAAAACGGAAGUUGGAGUGGCAUGAUGGGAGAUUUGACAUCUGAAAGUGCCGAUAUUAUCAUCGGGGCUUUCAGUAUCAACUCGGAACGUUCCAACCACAUCCUAUUCACAGAAGCGUUUCAUAUUUCCGGUUAUUCAAUGGUUACGCCAUCAGCGCGUACGAAACCCGCAAUAGACGCGUUCCUAGCGCCUCUGGACUGGUCGGUGUAUUUUUGUAUAUUUCUCAGUGCAACUGUAACAGGGUUUGCAACAUCCAUUUUAGAAUGGAACAGCCCAUUUGGACUGAAUCCUUGGGGCAAGAAACGAAGCAAAAACUAUACCCUUGGGUCCGGACUCGUUAUGGCUUUCUCUGUGUUGUUCGGACAUACGGUCAGUACGAAAUCUCCGAAAGGAUGGCCGAGUAAGGUGCUUCAGAAUUUCUGGUCGGGAUUGGCCAUUUUUAUUGUGUCAAGUUAUACAGCAAAUUUAGCUGCCUACUUGGCUGGUAACAUUGGUGAAGACGAGAUCAGCAGCAUCUAUGAUGAAAAGAUCAAUUUGAAAACAGUUUCGGCCAUACGGUCAAGCGCCGUCGUCCAAUACCUGAGCAAAAUCAACACGCACCUGAGUGGGCGACUGACAGAGAGGGAUUUCCAGUCUAUGUCUGAAGUUAUUUACUACCUAAGGAGCGGGGGAUCUGAGGUUUAUCUGGACGACACAACUAUCCUAGAAUACGCACUGUCCGUUUAUGACACAAACUGCUCCAUCCUAUUUUCCGGUCGGGAGUUCGGAGAAAACCUGUACGGAUUUGGUCUUAGUAAGGACGAUGUCUGGCUCAGGGACCGUCUCUCUUCGCUGAUAAUGAGCUACCUUGAGAGUGGGUACAUUGACGACAUCCAGCGGAGGUAUGUCAACCGUCGUGAGUGUAGUUCCCAAAGAAGUACGUACAUCAAGUUCGGACUGGAGCACACGGGCGGUCUGUUCAUUGGACUAGUGUGUGCUGUGUUCUGUGCCGUCAUGCUGAUCGGACUAGAGCACCUUAUAUACCUGUACCUCGUACCCUACAUCAGAAACAAACGGUCGAACAGCAAGUGGAAAAGUCGGAACCUGGAGUUCAUCAAUCAGCGUCUGUACCGAACCAUUAUGAGUCAAAAACUAGUGUCACCACAACAGACGGCACGGGAGAUGGUCAAACUAAUGAAGGACAGACAAUUCGCCAGACUCUUCCAGAAAAACGAGCUGAGCCGUCCCAAAGCUACUCCCCAGAACGACUCGUCAGGACUCCGAUUUAUGGAUCUCACUGACAGCAUAAUGAAAUCUCAAAAGAACCAGGACAAGCCUAUCAAAGACACUAACGAAAACAGUGUCAUCUUCUCAACAUCGUCAUCCGGGGCACUGUACCAGGUAGCCGAGGAAACCGAAACCGAGAUAGAGGACUCUUUAUUUGACAAGGUGAAAUUCACGGUUGAGGAUGAACAUUCGUGUGAGGAAAAAGAACAAUCGUUUAGUAAUGUGUCGUCGACAUUGGUGACGGUUGAAGUAGUACCUCCCCCCAUGUCAACACCCAAUAACCUUAAGCGGCCGGAGGAAGGAAGCCUUGAUACUCACCAAGGUAGCAGACCAGACUCGAGUCCUGUUAAUAGAGUGCAGGUUAAUUGCUUGUGGAAAAGGCAUUCAUCUGCGAAAUAUCACGAACGGGACUCAGAUCCGGUGAUCCGCGAGGCCAGAACUAAACGUAUACAAUCUGAGACUUUUUCGGAUAAACGGAAAUUCCCCGAGAAUACUUCAGAAACUAAAAUCUCAGAUACAAGUUUUUCCGAGAAGAAGCUUUCUGAUAAAAAGCUUCCGGAAAACAGUUUUCCCGAUAAAACAAUGCAUAAUGAUUUACAUCGGAAGUUUGGAACAUGGCCUUCGCUUCCGUCCAUAGAGAAUAACUCACCGGAAGUGUCACAUAAAAGAAAGAAAAGUCAUAAAAGCAGUCCUUCUAUGACGUCAUCUAUGCUUGAGCAGACAACGUUAGAUACCGCGAGACUUAUACCGUCUGAUAACGGUUACAGUGAUUCUGAAGAUAAUGAUAACGUUAAUUAUUACAAACAUUCCUUGAAAAUGAAGGACAACAGAGUGAAAUCGACGAUCAGACGACACGCGAUUGCAAAGUUUCGUCGACAAUCAUCGUCAGUAUUGGAUGAAUGCGCGGUAGAUGCGCUGACAAAGGAAGACCUAAUGGUCUUAUGGAAACGAUCGGAAAUUGAACUUCAGACGAAACUCAACAGAGUGACAUUGCAAAAUGCACAUCUAAAGAAGCUUCUCCGUAUGGUAGACAAACGACGGACAAGUGAGGGGACAGAUGAGCACCUCGACUCGGAGUUGUUGUGUACGCGACUAUGAUAUUCUGGAAUAAGAGGAAUGGUAAACCAAUUAUCAGCGGGCGUUUGAAAAGUGAAACAUGUUCGAGAAGUUCGAAAAUGCCACAGUUCACUGCUACAUGUAUAGCAAUGGUGAAGCUAUCAUAUCUACCACGGCAUCUGGAUUAAACUACCAUGGGAAGUAUGUGUCAAGUGUUACGUAUACAAGGAUUAUUAUGUUUUAAUACAACUUCAGCUGCUCUGACAGGAUGAGGAUAUCCACUAUGACGUCUUAUUGUUACACCACAGCGUGCGUCCGUCCCAAACAGAACCGCACUGUACAAAACAGGGAUAACGUGUGUGAGAGAGAAGGGAGAUAACUCCAAUUGGUUUAUUAUUUUAUUUUCACACAAUUUUCAAAUUGCUAUAGAUCAAGUGGAAUAUACCAUACAUAUAUAUAUCUGUUUCACAAGCAAGAAUUGAGUUAUAUAUUUGUAUAUUCGUUAAAUAUCACAAGGUUUCAUUUUAAUUUGGAGCUUUAUAACAUAUUGCCAGCCAAAUGUACGUCUUUCCUAAAGACGUCUUGUUAUGUGUUCCGGACCUUGUGUGUAAGGUGUAUUGGAUAAAAUAUGAGUUUAUUGGCAUUGGCUUCCGUUCCUUCAAAUUCAUACAGAAUACACUCAAGUACACAUAUCAGUAUCAGAUAACAGUAAUGAAGGUAGUACACGGUUAUCCUCAUUAACAGAUACAAUGUAUAUACUGAUUGGGAUAGCACACAUAUAGUGAAAAUAGCUUAAUAAAAAGACAGCAAGAAACGUCUAUAUUAGUUUAUAUAACAAGCUACAUGUAAGUCUAUAUAAAAAAAAUCUUAAUAAUCAAAAGAGCAAGAAAAGUCUUUAAAGUUUACAUCAUCAGCUAUAUACAAAUUUAUCCAUAUUUAAAAGAUAACAAGAAAUGUCUAUAUAUGUUUAAAUAACAAGCUAAGUAAAAAUACAAAUGUAUACAUAUUUAAAAGACAGCGUGAAAGGUCUAUAUACGUUUACGAAACAUGCUAUGUCUAUAUACAAAUUUAUCCAUAUUUAAAAGAUAACAAGAAAUUUCUAUAUAUAUGUUUAAAUGACAAGCUAAGUAUAUAUACAAAUUUAUGCAUAAUCAAAAGACAGCGUGAAAGGUCUAUAUACGUUUACAGAUAAAGCCACCUUCAUACAAACACAUCGAUACAAAGUUUAAAGACAACAGUAAAGGUCUAUUUAAAUUUGUAGGUCUAAAUAACAAGCCUCAUAUUAGUCUAUAAGUGCAAAUCCAUGCAUAUCCUCCCAUUUUACGGAGUAUCUUCUUAUUCAUUGUCGAAUAAAAGUCACUAACUAAUGUAUUGGCCAUACUUUUACUGUCAGUGUUUAAUAUAUUGUAAACCAGUAAUACGUUGUCAAUUAAUGUUAUGCUGUUAAUUGAUUAUUUAAUUUAAAUCAGUUAUAUGAUAUCAAGUAUUUGUAUAAUGUCAAUUCGUUACAUACCGUCAAUGAAAUAUAAAGUGCUUGGGGAAAUAGACGGUUAUACAAUUGUAACGUAUACAAAACCCUUUUAUCACAUAAGAGUUAUCUCCCCUACAACAAUGUAACGAUUGCUGAAGGGAAGGUUGCAUCAUUUGCGUUCACAAUAAUACUUUCUCCAUACUGUAAAUUGUUAAAUGGUACGAUUUCUGAGAACAUUUCUAUGAACAGGGUUAUCUCAAGAUAUAUAGAUAUGGUAUAAAUCUUUUAAAUUUGAUAUGUGAAUGUCUAGCUGGAAAAUAACAUCACACAAUUUAAUAAGUAUUGGGUAGGGGUGGAGAGAUGAAUUGUUUGCAUAUGUUGUGCAUAACAUGCUUUUUAUUACUUUUUUUCUUUGUUUAUCAACUUGCCAGUGCAAUGAAUGUACUUAGGACGAAUUCGGAUGCAAACUUUAUAGUUUUUGUUUAUCUUGUAGUUUGGAUAACACAAUUUAAAAUCAUCACGGUAUAUAGUUGAGAGAAUAUCUUUCAUCAUAACGGAAUGUUCAUCAUUGUAUCGAAUAUUUGCUCAUAGAUUAAUUAGGAUAAAUGAGAUUGUACAUUUGUGUGUAUGUGACUUUGUUUGAUAGAUUAUCAUUUGGAAUGCAUUGUAAAAUUGUGUGUACAAGACUGUGGGUGAUAGAUAUGUUAGAAUCCAUUGAAUAUACUUGUGUGUACGACUGUGUUUAAGAUGUAGAUUAAUUGGGAUCAGUAUACAACUUACAUUUAUAAAUCCACGAGCACUUGUCAUAUGGAAUAUGCAAUACAUACGUAUAUAAUUACAUAUAAGGCAAAAUUUACCAUUGCAUUUAAUUAAAUUUGUCUCUAAAACUGCCCUAUUUAUUUCAUCAAGACUUACAUUAGAAAUACAGAUAUUUCGAAAAUGAGAAGUAAUCAACAUGUUGUUCUAAGUCUUAUAAACCACCGACAAUGUACCAACUACAGUUCGUGGUUUAAGGACACCAACAGUAAACAGCUUUACAUCGUGCUUCGAUGCCGGGCAUUGUCUUAACGCAUCACCAGUUCAACAAAAAUCGACCAAGUACAUAUAUGUACAUACAUCAACUCUAGGUAAUGUUCAAAAAGCUCACGUUUAAAAACGACAUAUCUUAAUGUGGCGUCAUAAUGCUUUUGAUUAUCCGCGAUGCAUUCAUUUUCGUGAUUCGAAGUUUAUUUAGACAUUCCUUUCUGAUUACUUUGAUAUGAAGAAUUUCGAAGAGCAAAAGUUUCAAUUAUCGGUACAAAAACGAUUUGUGCUCUUUUUCAUGCGUUUUGAAUGCUCUAAAUAGCAGCACUACCCAGUAAACACACGUGCAUACACUGAUCUAUGUUAACCUUUAUCUACCCCGUACUAUCCCUACACUCAUUUCUACUUGGAAAAUCACGUAUAUUGUUUUCUAAAUAAAAUGUGAAGAA